GUAGUUAAUUAAAAUAAAAUUUACAGAAAGUAUUGUAAUUGGAUAUGAUGUCUAUUAACUCUCCAGAUUCGCACAAAAUUUCUCUUAAAAUCAUCGAAGCAAUAAAACUACAUCCAGUUUUAUAUAUUUCUGAAGUUAAAGGAAAUGCCAUCAAAUUACAAGAAUUUAAACAAAAGGUUUGGAAAAGAAUUUCUGAUGAACUAGGUCUAGAUCCUGUUUGGGUGAAAUUAAAAUGGAAAAAUCUAAGAGAUACUUAUUGCCGAAUAUUAAAAUAUAAAAAAAAAUCACCAAAAGGAUUAAGGAGAAAAAAAUGGAUAUUCGAAGACCACUUGAAUUUUUUAAAGUUUCCUUAUGAGUCAAAUUACGAAUCCCAGCAUAUUGAAUUAACUGAAGAAUAUAUAAAUGACAUAAACAAAGAAGUCAUCAAUUCACAAGAUUUCUUAGAGCAAUUAGAAAAUAAUAUAGAAGAUGAUGAUUACAGUGAGUAUUUAGAAAUACUUGAAGAAAAUACAAAUUUAGAGGAAAAUCAUGUACAAGAAAGUCUUGAAAAUGAUGACAAUGUUAUAUUAGAAGGUAAUGAUGAUAAAAAUUUACAACGUUUAGCAAUUGAUGCUUACGCAAAACAAAUCCAAUCCAAGUAUAGAAAAAUAAGACCAAAAAAAAUUAAAAUUCAAGAAAAUACUAAUAUUAAAUCAUUAACUCCAAUUUUCAUAAAUACACAACCAAUUAUUCCUUUACGCAAGCCAAUGGUAUCUGAAAAUAUUCAAAACAUAAAAAAAAUUACAAAAGCAACUACUGAAAAAAAUAAUUAUGAUCAUAAAAGUAGUAUAGAUCAUUUUUUUAACAAGAUGGCACAAGUUGUUAAGAAAUUACCUCCUAAAGCUCAAGCUGAUAUAAAAAUGGAUAUCUGUAAAAUUGUAUCAGAAGCAGAAAUUCAUCAUUCUAGACAAAAUCCAUCAGAAACUAUACAAAAGUACACAAGUAUGCCAGGAAUGAUUCCAAAGUUGGUAUUAGUUCCAUGUCAAAUGUUAGACAAUUAACAUAAUUACUUUUAGAAACAAAUACUAAAAAAUACUGCAUCGACCUUGUAUAAUAUGGUUCAACAUGAACAUUCUUUUGUAUAAUGAAAAUAUUAAAUUCUUGUUAAUUCAAUGAAUG